AUGAUGUAAUAAUUUUUCUUUCUACUUGUCUUAUUCCUAGCAAUUAAUGGUAUUAUUGUGAGAGGGUUAGAAGUGGUCUACUAUUAAGAUUUUACUCCUAGUCUUACCUGCUCUAAUCUUUUUAGCUAGUAUUGGUCAAUAGUUUCUGGUACUUUUUCUGGUGGAAAUUGCCAAUAUUAAUGUUCGAGAACAGAUAAUGGAAUUCAUAUUGACAUAUUAUCACCAGAUAUGUCUAGUUAUCCUAACGGAUUAUAAAUGAUAAAAUCAAUCACAUAGCCUUAUUCUUUUAUUGGUGUUGAUUUAGUUUAUUUAGUGAAAGAUGACCCCUUAAAUAUGAAUAUAUUUGAUGGAAAUACUUCUUUGUACAGUUAAAACUAUAGUGGCGCAAGUACAGGUACGAGUAUGGAAUAUAAUUAUAAAUUAAAAUGUUCAUUUUGGUCUGGAAAUAUGUAAGUAAGUAAGGAAACAGUUUAAUUGAAUUAAUAUCUAGCAUCAGACUAGAUAAAAGUGAAGUUCGUAUAACAUGUAACUAGUGAUUUUUCAUGGUAUGGUGUUUUAAAGUUAAGAGCAUGGGCUAAUUGUGUAGAGAAUUGCAAUGUUUGCUUAAACAUAGCUAAUUGCAGCAGUUGUCUUUAAGGGUUUGAUAGGUAUACACUACAAUCAGGAUAAAAAGUAUGUGACUAAACUUAAGAUUGCAACAUAAACAAUUGCUUUUCAUGUAUCAAAAGCUCUCCUUCUUCACAAACAGCUACUUGUGUUAAAUGUCUACCAGGUUAUUCCUUAGAUGCAAACUAAAAUUGUAUUGCAAAUCCUGGAGGGGCUUGUCCUGCAAACUAAUAUUAAUCAACAAUUUCAGGUUGCUAAGCCUACAGUACUAAAUGUUAUAUGUAAAAGUAAAAUACUUACUAUACUUGGUAAACUUGUCCUGGAUAAGUAAAUUUAUCUUAAUACAAAUGCUUAAAUUCUUAGUCAAUUCUUAUCUAUGAACAUAAAAAUUAUUCUCUUUAUACAUGUGGUUGCCCUGUAAAUAAUUGCAUUUAAUGUCCAAAUCCAAGCUAAUGCUCUUAGUGUUAAUUAGGAUAUACUUAUGAUCCUAUCUCUUAAACUUGUACUUUUGUGAUUUGCCCUGUAUUGUAUUCACGCGAUCCUUAAACAGGCCUAUGCACUAAAAAUUGCAGCGGAAAUGACUGUUAGUAAUGUGAUUAAAAUUAAUAAUGUACUUUAUGUAACCCCACAGGUAAUUAUUAUAAAGUAACCGCAAAUCCGAUCAAUUGCUCUUUGUGUACAAUUUAAAAUUGCUCAAGCUGCUCAGGAGAAGGACUUUGUUAGAAAUGCUAAAAUCAUUUUUCUUUAAGUUCAGACAGAACUACUUGUUAUCCUUGUAAUGUAGACAAUUGUAGUUAAUGUGUAAUUGGUUAACCUAGUUUAUGUUAGACAUGCAUAAAUGGUUAUAUAUUAAGCUUUGAUUAAACUACUUGUUCAUGUUCUGUGUAAAAUUGUUAAACAUGCAAUUCUUAAGAUGGUACAAUUUGUGAUUUUUGUGUAAAUGGGUAUCUAAUUAGCUUAGACAAAAAGUAGUGUUCAUGUGCUGUUCCAAACUGUUCUCAGUGUAAUCUUUUAGAUGGUACUUAAUGCUAAACUUGUGUUAGUGGAUAUAAUCUGAACCCUUUAAAUAGUAAAUGCUUAUGUAAUGUUUCUAAUUGUUAAACUUGUAAUUCUUUAAAUGGUAAUUUAUGUGAUAGCUGCAUAACAAACUAUGCACCAGCAGGAAUCUAAUCGCCAAUUUGUACUUGCUAAGCUUAUGGAUGCUAAACAUGCACUCCUCUGAAUGGGCUCAUGUGUUAAAUUUGUUAUUCGAAUUUCCAAAUUUCAUAAAGUGGAUCUUGCUUAUGUAAUGUUUAGAAUUGCAGCCAAUGUAGUGCAACAGAUGGAAAUAUAUGUAAUACAUGUGUGAAUAAUUACUUAUUAAAUUCUUCUAAAACAUCAUGUGAUUGCUAAGUAAACAGCUGUAAUUAAUGCGAUCCAAAUAAUGGAAAAAUAUGUAUAUCUCCUAAGCCAGGUUAUACUUAUGAUCCUAUAAGUUAAACAAAUAAAUGUAAUUUCACAAACUGUUAAAUAUGUGAUCUAAACGAUGGAAAUAUUUGUUUGUAAUGUUAAAGCGGAUAUAACUUUAAUUCUAACUAAUGUUAAUGUAAUGUUUCUAAUUGCUAAACUUGUAAUUCUUUAAAUGGUAAUUUAUGUGAUAGCUGCAUAGCAAACUAUGCACCAGCAGGAAUCUAAUCGCCAAUUUGUACUUGCUAAGUUUAUGGAUGCUAAACUUGCACUCCUCUGAAUGGGCUCAUGUGUUAAAUUUGUUAUUCGAAUUUCCAAAUUUCAUAAAGUGGAUCUUGCUUAUGUAAUGUUUAGAAUUGCAGCCAAUGUAGUGCAACAGAUGGAAAUAUAUGUAAUACAUGUGUGAAUAAUUACUUAUUAAAUUCAUCUAAAACAUCUUGUGAUUGCUAAAUAAAUAGCUGUAAUUAAUGCGAUCCAAAUAAUGGAAAAAUAUGCAUAUCUCCUAAGCCAGGUUAUACUUAUGAUCCUAUAAGUUAAACAAAUAAAUGCAAUUUUUAAAACUGUUAAAUAUGUGAUACAAACGAUGGAAAUAUUUGUUUGUAAUGUUAAAGCGGAUAUAACUUUAAUUCUAACUAAUGUUAAUGUAAUGUUUCUAAUUGCUAAACUUGCAAUUCUUUAAAUGGUAAUUUAUGCGAUAGCUGUAUAACUAAUUAUGCACCAUUAGGUAUCUAAUCUUCUACUUGUACUUGCUAAAUUUAUGGAUGUUAAACGUGUACUCCUCUUAAUGGGCUCAUAUGUUAAAUUUGUUAUUCAAAUUUUAGUAUUUCAUAAAAUGGAUCUUGCUUGUGUAAUGUUUAGAAUUGCAGCCAAUGUAGUGCAACAGAUGGAAAUAUAUGUAAUACAUGUGUGAAUAAUUACUUAUUAAAUUCUUCUAAAACAUCAUGUGAUUGCUAAGUAAACAGCUGUAAUUAAUGUGAUCCAAAUAAUGGAAAAAUAUGUAUAUCUCCUAAGCAAGGUUAUACAUAUGAUCCUAUAAGUUAAACAAAUAAAUGUAAUUUUGCAAACUGUAAAAGAUGUGACCCAAACGAUGGAAACAUUUGUUUGUAAUGUUAAAAUGGAUAUAACUUUAGUUCAAACUAAUGUUAGUGCAAUGUUUAAUAUUGUUAAAAAUGUGAUCCUUUAGAUGGGAGUACAUGUCAAUAAUGCAUUACUGAAUAUCACUUUAAUCCAACUGGUUAAACUGUUUAAUGCUAGCUCAAUUGUAGCUUAGACAACUGCAAAGAAUGUUAAGACCCUCCAAAUAAUAAAACUUAGUGUAAAAUCUGUAAUUUUGGAUAUGUAUUAGAUCCAUCUACAAAUUAGUGUGUUUCAACUUAAUGCAAAGUUCUUCAGUGUAGUCAAUGCUAACCAUAUAAGCCAAAUCUAUGCUAAAUAUUUACGGAAGAUUAAAAUUUUGAUAGUUAAUUAAAAAUCUAAAUAUAAGAUUAUGCAAACCCUUUUUAAGUUACUAUCCUAUAGGUUUAAGAAAAAUCAAUAAAAAUUUAAUUAAAAUUAUAAGACAAUUGUAAAAAUAAGAACUUGGUAGUUUAGAUGAAAGAUCAUAGCUUUGUGCAGAUUAAUAACUUAGUUGAUCCACAAAAAGAAGUAAAACUUAAUGAAUAUGUGGUUCUUUCAGAAUCUUAAAUUUAAUAGUCUUAACAGACUAAAUAAGUUACUUCUGGAGCUUCCUCUUCCUUACUUAUAAUUAUGAUACUUAUGAUAGUGAUAGGAAAUACCUAUGUUCUUUUUAGUACAAUAGAUUUAACAACUUUUAUUUAUUUUAUGCUCUUUAUUGAUGUUAGAUAUCCUGAUAAUGUCAUGUCGUUUUGCUCUAUAUUUUAAAAUUUCCAGUUUGCUUUCAUUCCAAACGCAAUAUAAGUUUAUUUAAUGGAUUCUAAUUAUAGUCAACCGUACACUCCCAAGAAAUUCAUUGAUAAUGGAUAUGAUGCAUACUUUUUUAAUGGAGCAGGAUAAUCUCUAACAACUAUGGCUGGUAUCAUAGCAAUAUAUGGAGUUAUCAAAAUUCUAUCUUAUAUUCCUGUAACUUCUAUAAGAGUAUAUAUAAGAAGAGGUUUAGUGAUACCUUAAAAUGAUCAAAAUUCUGAGGAAUAAAACAAAAAACAAGAAAAUAACUUGAAUCAAUCUAAUCUAAAGACAUCAGAUGAAAACAAAUCUUUAUAAAAAAUUGGACAUGAAAAACUAACAAGAUAAAAAGAGUUACAGUAUAAGUGGAGUAGAUAUACAAAUGUAAUUCUUUAUGUUAGAAAAAUUAUUUACAUGAUGGUUUUAUUAUAUUUUUAUGGAUAAGUUUACUUAUAAAUGAUUAUUAUUAAUUCUAUGAAUGUUUUCCUAUCAAUCUUUUAUUUGUACCUUAAACCAUAAGAAGAAAAAUCUGCUAAUAUAAAAAAUGGAAUAAGCGAGGUAUUACUAGUAAUAAUGUAGGUUACAAUUUGCUUCUUAGUUAAAGAUGAUGAAAAUCAAAGAGAAUAAGAUAGAUUUAACAUAGGAUGGAUUAUAGUUGGUAGUGCAUCUUUAAUUUUAACUAUACAUAUUUUUAGUGUUGUUAUAGAUCUAUUAAAAGGUAUUUAUAAUCUUGUUAAAGAUUUUAUUUGCACAAUGAUAAAACCAAAAGCAGAGAUCGAAAAGUUAAAAUAAGAAAAACUCGCUGACGAAUAGAAUAAAUAAAAUAAAUUUUUGAUACUACCUUCUUAAAUUUCGAUUGAUAAAUUAAGAAGUAUAAAAAAGAAAUUAAGCUUAGUUCCUUAGUCAUAAUUAGAUAUAUCUAAGGUAUCUAUAUAAAGACAUUAAAUCAAACAAAAAUCAAUAAUAGUUUAACCUAGAAAUUAUGAAAGCAACCAUAUCAUUGAACUACAAAAGCAAUCAGAAAAUUAUGGCUAGUCAAAUAAGCAUUCCCUUAAAGACAUAGAAAACUUUAUUUAAAAAAAUGAAUAGAAAAAUUCUUCUUUUGAAUUAAAAAACUCUCCAGACCAUGAAAAAAUGAAUUUAUAAAAUUCAUUUAUCCACAAUAACAUAAAUAAUUAGACUACUCAUAGAAUACUAUUUUCAGCACCUCAAUCUAUUAAUAUAUCUAAUAAUGAUUUAUUAUCUGCUAAAAAUCCAUCAUAAGUAUUUUUAUGA